GCUGUUUCCCCACCUCGCAGCAAAGGUUGACUCUUAUCUGUCCACACUAAAAAGCUGAGGAGAAUUAUGCGCAUCGCUCUUGCCGUCCUCGCUGUCUGCGUGGUUUCUGUUUCUGCAUCCGACACGAUCGCCCGACACGCUGCCCUCCUCCACCGCCAGAUUUCCUACGACGAUAUCCCCCUAGCCUGCGAAGAAAUAUGCGACUCCCCAGCAUUCUCCGCAGACGCUUGCUCUCGAGGCUUUUACCCUUCUUGCAAUGCCUUCUGCUCGGAGUUUGGGGCAGUCUUGGAAUGUGCGGAUUGUGUCUGGAAGUAUAGGGAUGGACCGACGAAAGCAGAGUUGAACAUCAUUGAGGACGGGGUAAAGGAGAUAAGGGAGUCGUGUUCGGGCAGCGGGUAUAAUCUGGAUGGGACUUUGAGCAUUGAAGUCGAUACGCCGGCUAGUACACUGCCCGCCAACUACACCCUCACGCAUACGACUGCGACUAUGCAGACGGCGCCCCCUGCCACGACGACUAUCAAUCUGGACACUUGGACAUCUGGAUCCACAAGAAUCAAUGUAGGCACGGGGAUAGGGGCGGGGGCGAUAGCCAUGGUGGGGAUGAUGAUGGGGAGCGUUUUGGCUUUCUUUUGAUGGGAUUUUGUGUGUGAGGAAAGCGGAUCAUCAAGUACGAGUAUCGAGCCUAUGUGAAUUCUAUAAGUGAAAUGAGCUUUCCUUUCUGUUCUUUGCCAACGGAAGAAGGGCAUAUGAGUUGCGGAAUGCCAAUAUUCCCAAGGUUCCAAGAUUGGGUUGUUUUAUUCGACUUGGAUGAAGUCGAGAGCUACAUAGGACCAACAUCGUCAGAGACAGCAUAUGCACAAAUGGUAUUACAGGCAGAAU